AUGCUCCCCCCGGGACCACGAGCCCUCCGCCCACUCACCACCGAAGCCGUCCAUUCAGCCAGGCCGACCAGGGAGCAUGAACCCCUACAAAAGACCCGCGCCCUGGGACCCCUGACCCGGGCACUCCCAGCCGCUACCGCCGCCUUCCAAGCAGCCAGGACAAUCAGGGAGCCUGAAACACAACAAAAGCCACACCCCCGAAUUCCCGCGAGCCAGGACCUCCCACCGGACACCGCCCAUCGCCGCCGCUGUCCAAGCUUCCAGGCCAACACGGGAGGCUUCACCGAAACAAAAGCCCCGCCCCGAGGACCGGAGACCGGGGAACGCUCACCGCCGCCGCCGCCAUCCAAGCAGCCAGGACGAUCAGGGAUACUGAACCCAAAUAAAAGCUACCCCCCUCCCGGGAACAAAGAUCCGUUGCCCAAAACCGUCGCCUCUGUCAAAUCUGCCAAGCCGAUCAAUGAGCCUGAACCCCAACAAAUGUCCCCCACGCCCCGGGGACCCGAGGCCCGGGCCCACGCACCGUCGCCGCCACCGCCGUCCAAGCAGCUCAAACCCGUGCUCGCCCACCGCCACCACCGCAACCGCCGUCCAAGCAGCCAGGCCAACCAGGGAACCUUCACGGAAAUAAAUGCCCCGCCCCCGAGACCGCAGACCUACGCGCGCCCACCGCCGGCGCCGCUGCCCCGGUCCAAGCAGGGGACCAGAGACCUCUGCCCGCCCACCGCAGGCGCCGUCCAAGCAGCCAAGCCGAUCAGGGAGACUGAACCCCCAAAAAGGCCCCCUCCACGGGAAGCCGAGACUUCGGCCCGCCCACCGCCACCACCGACCAAGCUGCCAGGCUCAUCAGGGAGCAUGAACCCCCAAAAAGCUCCACCUCCCCGGGGAACCGAGAACCAGGCGUGCCCACCGCCGUCGCCGCCUCCGUCCAAGCAGCCAGGCCGACCAGAGAGCCUGAAACCCAAAAAAAGCCGACCCCCGGGGAUCCGAGACACCGGCCUCCCACUGCCCAUCCCACACCACCCACCGCUGCCGCCACCGCUGCCGCCUCCGCAGCCGCCGCGACCUACGUCCAGACCCCGGCCGCCCACCCCCCCCGCCACUGACCCAGGCCCGCCCACCUCCGCCGCCGCCGCCGCCGCCUCUAUCCAAGCAGCCAGGCAGAUCAUGGAGCCUGAACCCCUACAAAAGACCCCCCAAUGGGACCGGCCCCCGGCCUGUGGACCCGAGACAUGGGGCCGCCCACCGACCGCCACACACCGCCUACAGCCUACCGCCGCAGCCGUCCAAGCUGCCAGGCCAACUAAGGAGCCUGCACCCCAACUAAAGCCUCCCCACCGGGUACCUGACACCCGGGCCGCCUACCGCCGCCUCCGCCCACUUCCAAAUAGCCAGGCCGAUCAGGGAGCCGGAACCCCAACAAAAGCCCCCACUUCCCAGGGAAUCAAGAUCCGUUACCCAAAACGGCAGCACCUGUCCUAUCUGCCAGGCCGAAGAGGGAGACUGAACCCCAACAAAAGACGCCCCUGGGGAUCCGAGAACCGGGCCCGCCCACCGUCGCCGCCUCCGCCGCCGUCCAAGAAGCCAGGCCGACCAGGGAGCCAGAAACCCAACAAAAGCCCCCAUGCCACGGGCACACGAGACCCGGCCCACGCCUCGCCGCCGCCGCCGCUGCCGCCGCUGCCGUCCAAGCACCCAGGACAAGCAGGGAGGCUUCACCGAAACAAAUGCCCCGCCCCCUAG